UCCCAAAAACCGGGAUUCAUCCCUCCUGCCUUAUUUACCACUUCACAGAGAAAACUCUGCAUUUAAUAGAAUCCUCAUUCUUGGUCUGACUCGUGUGAUGAGAGGGAAAAAUCGGAACGGAUAAUUCCAGUGCAGCUGGCAAUGAAAUAAGCAACAUUGAUCAGGGGAUGCCUAGCCUACACUCGCUCGUCGUACGACGAGCUCCUCCCAUGGAUAUGGGCACUGCCACAAGUUCAGUCACAUCCCUGAAUCCCUCUGCCAAGAAUCCUGCUGCCAGUCAGAAAAAAGUCGAUAAGAAUAAUAAACUGAUGGGAGUGAAGCUGCCUCUCCUGCGGAAGGAGUCGAGUGCAGUGAACCUCUCGCUGAUGGAGAGGACAACGAGGAAGGCGGCGGAAACUCUCCUUCUGAGACCGGAAAGCAGCGCGAGUCUCGAAGCCAGAGGCGGAAGUUGGAUCAGUCUGGGUCCUGGAGCUCUGAGGAAGUGCGAAACGGCGAUGGGACUGAGCAGUCUGGCUCUGGAAGGUCGACCUGUCAAUCGCAGUCGGGUCUGUUCCCGGUGUUCCAGUUUGCUCUCUCUGGCUUCCAGUUCGCGGUACAGUUUGGCCGCGGGAAAUUUCGUUCCGGCCGCUUCGCAGCAAACUCUGGGUCGACUCUUCUGCAAGCUCUGUCUCAACGAAGUCUCCUUGAACAAAACGUUUACUAUUGAAGGCUGUGGGUGUUCAUACUGCAAAGAAUGCAUGUGUGCAUACGUCGAAUUUGAGAUAGAAGAGGGAGCUUACGAGAUAAGUUGCCCGGAUGCAAAAUGCGAACAGGAAGGAGUUCUUUCUUUGAAAGAAAUAUCCACUAUUGUCUCUGCCGAACUUAUGGAGAAGCACCACAAAUAUCGUUUAAAUAGAGAUAUAUCAAUGGACAAGGAGCGGGCUUGGUGUCCACGGGCAGGUUGCGAAACGAUUUGUUCCCUGAACGGCCACGGUACAAGUGGCAGCUCCCCAGGACCUGUUCACUGUCCAAAUUGUUCGACCGAUUUUUGUUCGGCGUGUCGGGAACCUUGGCACAAUGGGCCCUGUUCUGACGCUUCUCUUGGGAUUCCAUUCGACAGCGACAAUAUAAAAUGCUGCCCGAUGUGUUCGGUUCCAAUCGAAAAGGAUGAGGGUUGUGCCCAAAUGAUGUGCAAACGGUGUAAGCACGUCUUUUGCUGGUACUGCUUAGCUUCUUUGGAUGAUGACUUCUUACUACGGCAUUAUGACAAGGGACCAUGUAAAAAUAAACUGGGCCACUCACGAGCCUCCGUGAUUUGGCAUCGAACACAAGUUAUUGGGAUUUUCGCCGGUUUUGGACUCCUUCUCCUUGUAGCUUCGCCCCUACUUUUGCUCGCCGCCCCCUGUAUAGUCUGCUGUAAAUGUCGCGUCUGCGGUUCCUCUCGACUUGACCAAGAAGAGGGCUCGCACGAGGACACCGGGACGUAAAGAUAAACAAGAAAAAAUUAUCUUAAAUAAUAUUUAUGUACUUCCGUAAGUCAGUGCACUCGAAAAAUUAACUUAAUUUUUCCUCUCGCGUAGCAGCUGCUAUUGAUAUUUCCCUAUUCACAGCUCUCAGCGCCAUCUACUUUGCUGGAUUAUUUUUCAAGUAGUGUCUGGUUUUUUUUUUUUUUUUUCCUCUUUUGGUUUUAUUUCAAAGACGGGAUUAUUUAAAUUUUAGAAUGAUGACGCAAAAGAAAUGACUAGCGUCUUUAAUAUUGACCAAAAGACGAAAAUAUAGGCUUUCCUGAACACUGCUCUACAAUUCGGUAUUUUUUUAAGAAGGCUUGAAUAGAAAUUAAUUAA